GGAAGCGCACCAUGUCGGCCAAGACCCUGCAGGGAGACCCGCGCCGCCCCGGCGACUUGCACCCGUUCGUGCGCGAGCAGGUGGACCCCGACGACGCGCCCGGCGACUGGUACGCCUUCUUCUCGCUCGUGCUGGGCUUCCUCGCCUUCACCAUGAAGUGGAAGGAGCUGGCGUGGGGCUCGCUGCUGCUGUGCGUGGGCUCGUUCACCAACAUGAAGUCGCAGGACAUGAACACAACGCAGGUGGCCAUGUCCUUCUUCUUCUCCACGAGCGCGCUCGUGUCCGCCUACAUGGGCGCCAUGCAUCCAGGCAUGCCCAUGCCCCCGUCGGCCCAAUCGGUCCAAGCGCCGGCUUCGUAGACGAGAGAGGAGAGAAAGGAGAAGGUAAUAGGGAGAGCAUAUCCGAUCCAGGCUGCGGGCAACGAGCUCCUGCUGUAAGGAAUGGAAGAACAAGAAGCUGUUUGGUACUGUG